UCACACACAUCCUCAGGUAAACACAGGUGUGACACAAUCAACAGGUAACGAAUCAAUGACAGGUGAGGGGUUGUCAAUAUAAACAGCUGGCACGUGGAAUAACACAGGAAGUGAAAGUAUGGAUGUAAACAAAACAAGCGAGAUGUCUCUCGAUGGCUCCAGUGUGGAUGGUCUCGCCCCGGAGGAUGAGGAACACAGCCUUACCCAAGGGAAUCAGGAAACAGUGGGAGAGGUCAGUCAGAAUAGGAGUGAGGGCGAUGGUGUGGAAGAUCUCGAGGACUCUCGUGAUUUUGUGGAUGCAGUGGCUGUCACUCAGGAGGAACUCAUCAAACCUAAACAGGAAGUGGAGGACAUUGAUGUAGAGGGCAUGGAAGAAGAGGUCAAAGGUGAAAUGAUGACCUUACAAAAGGUUGAGGAAUUAGAAAGUACUGGUGAUCAAAAACCUAUUUCAGAGAUUAUUGAAGAACAGGAACAUUCUGGACAAGGUGAGUUUUUAGACGCUCUCAGUGAUAUAGAACAAAAAAUAGAGCCUCAAAGUGAAAGUAAGGAGGUGGAUGCCAAAGAUGAGGAUGACAGUGAUGAAAAUAUAGGUAGUGUUAGUGAUGAAGAAAAUGUCAUCUACAAGGAGAAUGAUUUUGAUGAGGAAGGUUUCCAUGACCUACCAUCCCCGAAGAAUGUCAUUAAAAGACAGAGUGCAUCCACUGAUGAACUGAUGCUUGGUUUCCAGGACGAUGGUCAGUCUUCUAUCGUCAGUGACAUCUUCACCGAUGUUAACGCCAGAUUCGGACAGAUGUAUCGGCCUGGCUAUCAGCCUCAUUCUCGUGAUUUAUCUCCUCCUGGAACUAAAUUUGACUCUCUGAGGUCAAAGUAUACACAACCGAGGUCAUACACACCGAAAAAGAGUCAGAAACCUUAUGAUAUGAGGGCACGACCUCCGAUUUACAAAACACACCUAGGUGUGUCUAACAGUAGCAGUCCUUUAGGAUAUUACCUUGAUGAGGAUGAGAGACAAAGGAAGUUGAAUGGUUCUGUCAGCAGUAAGCAGAAACUAGAAGAUUCAGUGCUGCGAGACAGUGAGGACUACACCGUUCGAGGGGAGGACAGCAACCCUUCAAAGAUACCUGCCCGCAUAAGGGAGAUAAUCACCAAAAACUUGACCUCUGACGACCCUAGUCCUAGCAGGAUGGCUUCGUCAACAAGUCUCGCUCAGGUACAGGAAGAGAAUCAACUCCUCGCCUCAGAGCUCAACCGUGUGGAGGACCUACUCGCAGCAAGUCGGGCAGAGAGGGAUGAACUCGGCAUCAAGUACAACGCCAUGAGUGAAAAGCUUGAGCAGUCACUGAAGGGAGAUACUGCUGACUUGUCGGUGGACGCUCCCUCUAAGAACCUCGUCCAGCAGAACAUAGAGCUGCGACGUAAGUUGGAGGACGAGCACGGAAGUUACAAACGUAAGCUACAGGCGUACCAAGACGGCCAGUCUCGCCAGGCACAACUCGUACAGAAACUACAGGCCAAGCUUUUACAAUACAAGACAAAAUGUACGGAGAUGGAGAGAAUAGUCCGAACCAAGGAUUCUCAUAUCCAGCGUAUGCAAUAUCAGUCGACUGAGAGUUCAAAACAGCAAGAAACUGAGAAAAAUAUGGAUAUCGAACAGGUCUCGAUCAAGCUGGAGGAGGAACAGCAGAGGAGUGCCAGUCUGGCCCAUGUGAAUGCCAUGCUGAGAGAACAGUUGGACCAAGCCACAGCAGCAAACCAGUCUCUCACCAACGACAUCCACAAACUCACCCAGGACUGGCAGCGGGCACGCGAGGAGCUCGACGCUAAGGAGAAUGAGUGGAGAGAGGAAGAACAGUCUUUCAACGAGUACUUCAGUGCUGAACAUGGACGUCUUUUGAAUCUCUGGCGCCAGGUUGUCGCUUUUCGACGUAGCUUUGGGGAGCUGAAAACGGCCACGGAGCGUGACAUGUCUCACGUCCGUGCCGAUGUCAUCAAGGCCUCCCGUAGCGUACACUCUGCCUGCCUCAACCUCAGCGCCAACAUGAGGAACUCUGAGACCUCCUCCCAGGUUCUUCUUGACCGUGAGCGAGCUGAUCGUACAUCUCUCGAGUCACAGUUAAGGGAGAAGAUCCGCGAGGUGGGAGAGACACAGAGUCGUUAUGAUGUCCACAGCGCUGAGCUCAACUCCAAGGUAAAUGAGCUGACCAUGAUGAAUGAAAAGCUCAAGAUCCAACUGGAGGAGCGAGAGAAGACCAUCUCCAACCUCCAGCGCAACAUCAGCAACAUGGAGACCCGACUGGGCGAGCGUAGCUAUGACCUUCCGGAGACCGACACUGCCCGUCAGAUGAGAGAGGAAACAGAUACCAUCCACUUUGCUCUGCGUAACAUUGCCGAGGCUGUGAUGAACGAUGUUGAUGAGGUUCCUUUAGACGAGGAGGCAGCUGAGGCUGCUGGAGGCCGUGUGUCUCCAUCAAGGGCAAGGUCAAUCUCCCCCACAGCAAGGGCAAGGUCACCCUACAUCAGAAGUCGGUCAAAGUCACCUCUGUCAGGCACAAGGUCACCAGCUUUCGCAGAUGCUACGUUCUCAGCGGUUCAAGCUGCUUUGAACAAGCGUCAACUCCAGGUGGCAGAACUUCGCGCCAAGCUUAUUGCUACGCGUGAUCAUAACUGUGUCAUCCGUAAAAACCUUGAUGACCUUGAUAACGAGCGCCGCAGAAUGGAGGUACAAAUCCUGAACCUGAAGGAGGAGUUGGACAUGGCGAGGAGAGACCAUGAGGAUUCUAACCGUGAUCGUAACAGGAUCAAGAACGUUCUGAGUCUGACUGGCAACGAGAAGUCACAGUUGGAGAAGGUCCGUCAGGAACUCAACGAUCAGAUCGAGGGUCUGCAACAAGAGAAUGAGAAGCUACAGGCGGCUAACACAGAUCUCCAACGGCAACGUGACAACAUGGAGGAUGAACGUGAUGAUGUUGGCAAGGACAAGGACCGCCAGGUCAAGGAGAAUGAGAGGAGCCACCGUAUGAUCGACCAACUAGAGCACAAGAACAGUACCAUUAAGGAGGAGUUGGUGUCCACUAAGGAAGCCCUCAACCGUGCCCUCCUCGACAAGGAGGUUCUGGAACAGCAGAAGGGAGAAGUUGCUGAUGCCCUGUCAAAGGCAGAGUUACAGAAGGCCGACCUUGAGCUGGAACUCAACCGUACCAACACCGAGGAUGCCGGCCUUAGGGACGCACUCCUUAAGAUGCAGGCUCUCAAUGAAGGACUUGGCCAGGACAAGAUCGAGCUGAACAAGAUCAUUAUGCAGAUGGAGUCAGAGAAGGCCAGUCUGGCUGGAGAGAAGCAACUCCUGGAACAGGAAAAGACUGGAAUCCGUGAGGAGCUUGUCCGUGUGGAACAGGAGAAGAUGGAUCUGGACACAGAGAAGAUGGGCCUGAACCAGACCCUAGAGUUGAGCGAGAUGACCAGGCAGCAACUGGAGGAUGAGAUUGGAGCCCUCAACAGAGAGAAGGGAGAGGUCACCGAAAACCUCAACGCAACAAGCAGACAGAAGCAAGCCUUGGCUGAAGAACUGGUGUCUGCAAGGAAAGAGGUAGAACGGCAGAGUGGUAACUAUGUCCGAGUGGCCAAGGAGAAGGAAAUCCUCACGCAAGAUAAGGGAGAGCUCAUUGUCCAGGUCACCGCCACGGAGAGAGAGAACCGCCAACAGAGUGAGAUGAUCGCGGCUCUACGUAGCGAGAAGGACAGUCUGGAGAGCGCCCUCUAUGAGGUGACACAACAGGCUCAAAGUCUGGACGUUCGUAAGGAACAGCUGGAGGGAGAGAACCAGGAACUUAUCAUCAGGAAGGAGAACCUGCAGGCUGAGAUAAACCGCCUGAUGAAGGAGAAGGAGGCUGACAUUGAGAAGUUUGAGCAUCAGAAGGAGGAACUGAACAAACGUCUGUCUCAGUUGGAGCGUGACAUGCAGAUGGCACUCACUCAGGAGAAACAGACCCACGAGGAGGAUGUAGAGAGGCUCACACGGGAGAGGGAAGUGCAGCGACAGGAGUACGAAAAUGAGCGUGACGAGCUUCUCCACCAAAACGCCAUGGAGAAGGAGGACCAUGUGAUGAGAAGUGACAGAGAACGCGAGGAACUACAGGAGGAACUGGCCAACCUACAGAGGGACCGAGACAACUCCCUCCUCAUGGCCGAGAAUGACAAGCAGCAGACAAUGUCAUUGUUGGAACAAGAGAAGAGCACACUGGCAGAAAAGAACAACAACCUCAACAUGGACUUGGCCGCAGCUAAUGUGGAGUACGAGCGUCUGAAGCGCGAACACCAAUCCCGACAGGAACAGGACCGUACUAACAUCAACGCCCUCAACUGUGAGCUGAAGAACUUCAGGUCACAAUUCGAGGAGAAGUGCGAAUGCCAUGAGAAGGAAGUGAAGGAUCUGAACAAUGCUAUCCGUGACUUGGACCGCCAGAGAGAGGCUGCUCAGGGCGAGGUUGCAGAGUUGAAGACUCAGCUUAAACUGGUUGAGGAAAAUCGUGACAACAUCCGCAGGGACCUCAUUGACGCUAACAGGAAGAUCAGAGAAGCUGAUGAGAUCCGUGAACUGAUGAGGAAGGACAUGGUCGAGCUGAAGAGGAACAUGAACGACGAGAUCCGGGAGAAGGACACAAUUUCCAAGACGGCUGAAGAUCUGAGGGCCACUGUGAAGAAGAGUGAAUGUGAUAAGAUUGAGCUGAACAGGUCUCUAUGUGACCAGAGACAGAGGGGAGCAGUUUUGGAGGAACAGAAGGCUGUAGUCCAGAAGGAGGCUGGUGACUUGCGUGCCAGUCUGCGUGAGGUUGAGCGUGCUCGUUUGGAGGCUCGUCGUGAGCUUCAGGAUCUACGUCGCCAGAUCAAGAUGUUGGACGGCGAGAGAAACAAACUAGGAAACGAGGUGUCUGAUCUCCAAGUCAGAGUCGCUCGUGAUGAGGAGAAGGAGGAGGAGUCUCGCAGACAUUCGUUUGACCUCAAACAGAAGGUGGUCGAGACAGAAGCCAGUAGGGACGCUCUCCGUAAGGAGUUGGCCAACCUCCAGCGUAAGAUGGGCGAGCUGGUGGAUGAGACUCACCUGAAAGAAAAGGAUUACCAAAUGGCCUUGGAGGACUGUCGCCGCUCAGAAAAGAAACUUGAAGACCGUGCACAUAACCUGGAAAUCACUCUUGAACAAGCCAAUGCUGAUGAAGCUGAGCUGAAACUGAGGCUUAGUGGUGCUGAAGGUCGUGUCAAUGCCCUUGAGGGAACCUUGGCAAGGCUGGAAGGAGCUAAGCGUGAUGUGGAGUUCAAGCUCAGCAGCAUUGUUUCUAGUUUGCGUAGGACAAUUGGAUUCCGUCAAGAAAUGCCACGUGCACGCAGCCCAACCAGGUCUCGUACACCUAGCCCCCGCAGGUCCCGACCCAACUCACCCACCAAAGGUUUUGAGAACACAUUUGCCACCACUACAGAUGGAAGAGGCAGUCCGAUCCCCAGGACUGGAUCCCCAGAACGCAUGGGCAGCCCGACCCGCAUGGGCUCCCGUGGGGCCUCACCUAUGAGGCUGGAGUACUCCCGUGAGGUGGCUCCACUGGAUGUGGAUCCUGAGGCAGUUAGGAUGGCCCUAAGGGACUUUGUCCAGCAGCUAGCCGGAGCAGAGCGAGAGAGGGAUGAUGCCAUCCAACAGAACCGCUCACUCGCUACCCAGCUGAGGGAGAUGGAAGAGGAACGUGACAGGAUUCAGACCAGGCAUCAGCAGCUCCAGAAAUCUCUAGGAGAGGUUGAAGAAGACAAGCGUGGAAUCGAUGGACGUCUUGCCAGUGCCCAGACUGCCCUCAUGCUGCAGGAGGAGACAAUCCGUCGUAAUGAGCGCGACAGGAAGACAAUGUCCGACAAGAUUCUUGCCUUGGAGCGUACUGUGGCAGCAAAUGAGACUGAAAAGAGGCAGCAGCAGGAGAAACUUGCCAAGAUGAAGCAGACUGAGGGUAAGCUUGAGGAUGACAAGAAGGGAGUGAGGAUGGCACUGGACGAGGCCGAGAACAGAUGUACCAAACUGGAACUGUCCCGUCGCUCACUGGAGGGUGAACUCCAACGCUUCAAACUCGUCAUGAAUGAUAAGGAAACAGAGAACCAGGUUCUACAAGACCGUGUGGAUGGCCUUGUGAAACAGGUACAGGAUCUCGACUCCAAGUCCCAGUCCCUUCAGCUUACGAUUGACCGCCUCAGUCUGGCCCUCGCCAAGGUGGAGGAGGAGGAGAACUCUCAGAAGGACAAGGUCCAGGCCUUGAACAUGACUCUGUCGGACACUAAUGCCACCAUCAGUGAACUUCAGGAGCGCAUUUCACAGCUGCAGCGUGCAUUGACAAGCAGUGAGCAUGACCGUCGCGUUCUUCAGGAGAGACUUGACACGACCAGGUCGGGAUUGAAUGAGGCCAAGAAGCAGAACCACAACCUUAUGGAGCGCUGUCAGACCAUGCAGAAUGAUGUCUCUGACACAGAGGUCAGGAGGUCAGAGGUUGAAGGUCAACUUAGGCAGUCACACACGAUGCUUGUUCAGAGACAGGAAGCUGAGCAGGAACUCAACCAGGCCAUACAGAAGAUCCAGCUAGAGAAACAGAGCCUGCACGAACGUGUUCAGACUUUGUCUCGACAGCUAGGCUCGAUCGAGAACGAAAAGCGUGAGAUCGAACGAUCCCAGAUCAGAUUGGAGAAGGACAAGUCUGCCCUGAAGAAAACAUUGGAUAAGGUUGAGCGUGAAAAGCUGAGGUCGGAUGAAAUAGCCAGUAAGACCGCCUAUGAACGUACCAGUCUCGAUCGCACACUAGAGAAGUUGGACGAGGAUAACAUCGACAUGCAGAAACAGUGCCAGCAACUUCAGGCCCAGCUGGCUGAGGCUGAACAACAGCAUGCCCAGAGACUUAACGCUGUACACCAGUCACAUAUACAAAGACUGAUCGACCUGACGACCCGUCACCGUGCCGAGACUGAGAUGGAGACUGAGAGACUGAGGUCUGCCCAGCAGCAGGCCGAGAGGAUGCUGGAGGCUAGAGAACGGGCCCACAGACAGAAGGUCAAAGGCUUGGAGGAGACGGUGUCUACACUGAAGGACCAACUAGGUACUGAGAUGCGUAAGCGCCAACAGUACAUUUCACGCAGCAGCCGUACUGGUGACGAAAUCCGCGACAUCAGAAACAUCCUCGACAGCUCCUUGUCUGCAGUCACCCGUGACCCAUCUCUAGACCCCCUGCUGUUGGAGACGGAGACUCGUAAGCUGGACGACUCCAUGGACUUUCGCUCCACAUCACCCUAUCCCUCGCGUCAGCCUGCACGUCGCCGCAGUCCCGGCCGUGUACGAUACGGGGCCCAGACCUCCACCCCUCUCAGGCGGAGCCUCAGCCCUGCAUCUCUUCGCAAGAAAGUCCAACAGAAACAUUAAUAACGCACUACUGCCUUGAUCUGCCUGUAGUUAUGGGUCGAGUGGGAAGCAAACAAGGACCUACUUAACAGAUGUUCAUUACCACGAGGGAACUAUGCAACAUCAUUUUUUUACGAGAACAUUUGAGUAAAAAUUUGUUAGGAUUUUUUUGUGAGUUAGAGUAAAAGAAAACAAAUGUUGACUUGUGUGAAAAAUAUUUAUAUUUUCUCAUUCCAAACGCUUCAGAACAUUCCCAUCCGAAUUACCAGCAUUAGAUAUAAGUCGGUGAGUGACAGCUGUAGAGAAGAUGAACUUUUAAGAACACCAGUUUUAUACUAUCGAGCAAAAAGUGAUUUAACAGUUAUAUAAUCAUGUAGUAUUUAAUGAUUUAGUUAGUAAUGAGAGGAUGUUGUUAGAGGUAUAUAUAUUACAUAAUAUUUAUUUUAUCAAUAAUUCACACUAUUUUUAAUAUCAUAAGUGUCCAUUUUUGAAUGGCAAUGUGGCAAUUUGUGUUUUUUUUUUUGUGUGGGGUUACAAGGUUGACAUAGUGACCAAAGAUUUCGGAAGUACAUAUAUGUAGCCGAAUUAUCUUUGUGUUUGCUGGUGUACAAACCGAAGAAAUCAAACUAUAUUUACUAGAUUAGUACUAUACAUGUGUUUACUGUAAGGUAUCAGUAUUAUUUGUACCGUUGAUUGGAGUAACCAAACAAUUACACUGCUGUGAUAUAUCUAUACGAGUGUGAAUGUUGUUGUUGUUGUUGUUGUUGUUGAUAGGUAUAUUAACAUUCAUUAUUAUUAACAGGAAAUUGUGAGGUCCUAUGGUAAUUACGAUUUUUUUUUAGUUUUCUCUGCAGUAAAUCCGGACUAGCCCUAAUUUUAUGGUCGGGGUCCCCAGCUAAAAGUGUCCAUUAUGGAAACCAAGGAAUAUUAGUAUAUGUGAUCUGAUGUUACUUAUAUCAAAGCAUUUCAUUGGCCGGCUACAUAAUGCUGUUUGUAACAUUAUAGCUCAUUGGUCAUUUAAUGUUAUUGAUUUUUUCUAUGUUGAUCUUUUAACCUGUUUGUUGACUUAAAAUUUAGCCAUAUUUUUCAUUAGUAUGCAUUGAUUUAUGCUUUAAUGAACUACUAGAUUUGUUACAAAUGAACUUUAAUUAUAAUUUAUUGUGAUAGUAAAUAAUUACUGGCCCUUCCUCCUAGCUGUCAACAUGUUAACUGACUAAACAACAAACAAACAAGGGGUAGAAACAUUUUUCUGUGAUAGACAUUAUUUUUUCUUGAUAAUUUCACCCCGAAUGCCACUACUGGCACAUAAAUGAAACGUCAGUCCAUUGUUGGCGGUGAUGGAGGGAGGGCGUGGCCCUUGGCCGUUGUUAGUGUGUCGGAGUAGAUAUUUCUGUGUUUACACAUUGGGAAGACGUUUAUUAUUAUAAGCAGCUGUGAUGAGUUAUCCCUCCACUUGGGGUUCAUAGUCAAGUCAGUAGAUAUAUCAGCGUCCGUCCAGACAAAUUUGUAUCAGUUUCUUUUUUUUUAUCACCAAGCUUGUUUGUUUUGCUGUUUUGCUACAAUAGAUAUAAUUUCUACAUAAUGGAGGAAAUCCAUCAAAUUUUUUUUCUUUCUAGAAUUUUUAUGUGGAGUCCAUCACUGAUCACGCUGUGAACCACACUGUCUGUAUUUUAUCACAAAUAAAUGACAUGAAUAAAAAGUGUGCAUGCCAUUGAA